GUGGAGGAUUGUUAUGCAUUAAAAAAAAGGCAAACAUAACAAUGAAUGCAAUUAAUGAUGGAGCCAAGCUGUUCACAGUCCCACAGCCAAGUGGCCAGAAUGGGAACCUGUUUGCAGAUGACACUCUUCCAGGGAUGCCAUAAAAGGAGAAGAAAUAUUAUUUCUGAAUUAAUACAACCACUUCCAUCCAAAGACUAGUAUGGCCACAACUCAGCAAACACCCAGCUCUCAUGCCUGAAAGCCUCUCCACUACCUCCCAGGGACCACUACAUAAAAGGCGACGACUCCGGGUGGAACUGACCUUCUUUCAAUUCCCCAGACCAAAGGAAGGUAUCCAGAGAGGUGUUUCCCAAGAGCACGCGACUCCCUACGAUUCCUGUUGGUACACCAGACCGUUGAAACCCUGAUGUAUACCCACCCUUCGUUCUCCAUGGAUUCUAGAACGCGAAUGCGCACUUCUUCUGAAAGACCAAAGAACUUCUUAAAUUUUCUGUUUUCCUGAAUAGCUCCAUGAGGAUUUUUAAUAAGUAAAUCCUUCUCGGCCUCCAGCGCGUACCUUUAAGCGGCCUGGAAACAUUGCAAGCAGCCAAAGAGGAGCGAGUCUGAAGCAGAAAUCCUUUCGGGAGGUCUGCCCAUUAAAUCGCCUAACCCCCGCCAGCCUCGAGUGUAAAAUGCACACCUAAUACCACGGCGAUGGUACUUGGGGAUGGCGAGGAUUGUAAUAGUACGCCCAGGCGAGUACGUACGGCGGACCCGGGGCUGCGAGGGGCCGCGAGCGCUCGCCAGAGAGCGAGAGGCUCCCGGCCCCCGUGCGGUGUGAGCGCGCCCGGCCUUGCGGAGGGUGCGUGUGCGCGCGGGGCGGGAGAGUCGGCAGCCGCACGCGAUCGAGUUGGGGACGCGCAGCGCGCGGAAGAGAUGCAAGAUUUGAGUUUGCAGUCCUCAACUGGGAACAACUUUGUGUUUUAGCUUUCCCCAGACGACUUAGGCAGAGCCCCCAGCAAAUCUGUUUUAAUUAAAGCAUGGGAUACAGAAAACAACAAAGAACUUCAGCUAGUGCUUUGGCCUCAUCUGAAAUGUUACAGUUUUCCUAGCGUCUUCGGAUCCGGCUGUCCUGUUGCCUCUUCCCACAGGCUGCUGUGUCAUGGCAUUCUCCCAGAGAGCCCGCCCCUGAGUGCAAAGAAAUUUCAAGCAUAUUACUACUGAAUGUUCAGUUGGUGAAAUAGAAGGUCUUUCAUUCGGAGAAAAAUAAAUCAAGAAGAAGAACCUGAGCCACAUAUUUCUGAGCUGCUGUGGAUGGCCCCGGCCCCCUUGCCCACCCUUCCCAGUAGGAUGUCACUGAGAUCCCUCAAAUGGAGCCUCCUUCUGCUGUCACUACUGAGCUUCCUUGUGAUGUGGUACCUCAGCCUGCCACAGUACAAUGUGAUAGAACGUGUAAACUGGAUGUACUUCUAUGAGUAUGAGCCAAUUUACAGGCAGAACUUUCGCUUUACCCUUCAAGAGCGUUCAAACUGCUCUCAUCAAAACCCGUUUCUUGUCAUCCUGGUGACCUCACACCCCUCAGAUGUGAAAGCCAGACAGGCCGUUCGGGUUACUUGGGGUGAAAAAAAGUCUUGGUGGGGAUAUGAGGUUCUUACGUUUUUCUUACUAGGCCAGCAGGCUGAGAGGGAAGACAAAGUGUUAGCAUUGUCCCUGGAGGACGAACACCUUCUUUACGGGGACAUAAUACGACAAGACUUUUUAGACACAUAUAAUAACCUGACCUUGAAAACAAUUAUGGCAUUCAGGUGGGUAACUGAGUUCUGCCCCAAUGCCAAGUACAUCAUGAAGACAGACACUGAUGUUUUCAUCAAUACUGGCAAUUUAGUAAAGUACCUUUUAAAUUUAAACCAGUCAGAGAAGUUUUUCACAGGUUAUCCUCUAAUUGAUAAUUAUUCCUAUAGAGGAAUCAUUUACCAAAAACACCGCAUUUCAUACCAGGAGUAUCCUUUCAAGGUGUAUCCUCCUUACUGCAGUGGGUUCGGUUAUAUAAUGUCCAGAGAUUUGGUGCCAAAAAUCUAUGAAAUGAUGAGUCAUGUAAAACCCAUCAAGAUCGAAGAUGUUUAUGUUGGGAUCUGUUUGAAUCUAUUAAAAGUGGACAUUCAUAUUCCAGAAGACACAAACCUUUUCUUUAUAUACAGGAUCCAUUUGGAUGUCUGUCAGCUCAGACGUCUGAUUGCAGCCCACGGCUUUUCUUCCAAGGAAAUUAUCACAUUUUGGCAGGUUAUGCUAAGGAACACCACCUGCCAUUAUUAAUUUGACAUUCCACCAAAAACGGAGAGGAGGACAGGAUGCUUGGUGGAGAGUGUCAGAGCUGGUGCUACAAAGCCUCUGAUGGGAAGCUCGUGGGAAGGGCACUCUCCGGCUCACACGGAACUGAAACUCACGGAGAGCCCGUGGUCUAGACAUUACACAGUCACCCUCUGCUUGUGUUAUAUUUGGACAGUAAUCCAAAUCAGGCCCUUUGAAGAUGAUAUUGAGGAGAAUUAAACAAAGUGUUUUGUUAAUAGGAUGAAACAAUUAGAACGUGUCAUUCUAUAGAACUUCUUAAAAGGGUUUCAUUGAAUUAUAAGCUCAUUUAGUUCAUAAGAACAAAGCAAUGUGGAACUUUAUUUAUUGAAUAGUCUCAUUUUUAAGGGUUUUGUGUAUCUCUUAUGUGGAUUACCAAUAUUUAAAAAUAUAUGGUUCUGUAUAAAAAACUUAGAGUUAUACCAAACAAAAUUUCAUCUGUUUUGGUCAUUCAGGAAGUAUUUCAACAUGUGGCAGUAUUUCAGAGUUAACAAUUAUUAUUUAAUAUUCUUAGAACUUUCUGGCUGUUUAAGUGUUACGGUUGUUUCAAUGCUGUAUGAACACAAUAGUGAACCACCUUUGCAUUUGGACUCUUUCUCCCUUACUUCACUAACGAGUUUUUCAUGGCUUCAUUAAUGUAAGGUCAUUAUUGUGUAUCAGUAAGCUCUUUGACUUCGAUAGACAUUUUACCGUGGUAAUAUAGAGAAGAAUUAAAGGAAGAUCUGAAUUAUUGUCCUGUUUUUAAAAAUAUAAUCCCCAAUGUUUUUUAAUGUCACUUCAUCAGUCUCCUGUUCCGCCUGGGAAUUAGCAACAAUACAGAACGCCAGGCAGCGUGUUUCCUUUUGGGAAGGACUCCAGGCACACACGGCCGAAGGUAAUGGAGAGAGAGCUGCAUUCCAGUGCUGAGGCUGGGAAGGGGAGACUGGAGGUUUGAGUUCGUCACUAAUCUGCUUCACGUGUUUUCUCUAACAGUCAGUUUGAGAAUAAAGAAAGGAAAAAAAAAACCAAUGCUGCUCCAUUGUUACUAGUUUCACCUCAAGAGGAAAGCCCUCGUGUGGUCUGAAAACAUCUGAUUUUCCUGUUGUGUAGGAGCACAUUUAUUUUUCCGUGGGAUGUAUCUUCUUGUUGGAUCUACUACUCACAGGUCAAAGAGGAGCACUCCUUGCCCCAUAUUUUUGGGAUUGUGCAGUUUCCUAUUAUGACUGAUAGGCCCACUGAUUCCUUUUUUUUUUUUUUGGAUUACAUGAUGGCAAACAAUCAUAUCCUUUGGGAGAAAAUAGAAACUUGAAAGUAUGUAGUCAGCUCUAAGACACAGAUAUUUGAAACUCUUCCAUAAGAGAUAUUUGCAACUAGAACUGUUAUAAUGUGUGAUUCUCUAAAAAAGCUAUUUCCAUUUCCUAGUCUCAGGCCUGACCCAGUUAAAAUAAAAUCAAUUAAAUGAAAUAUUCUAUAGAAUUCAUCUAAUCCCCUGUCAAUCCCUAUUCAUAUAGGAGUUACUUUCUUUAAGACAAAUGGUGGUUUUUGUGUUAUGAUUAGAUUUGGCCAAUUUUGUAAAAGUUCAUAUUGAUGUUUGGGAAGCCAACAGAAGUUUUUGAAAGAGAACUUUUAAAAUAAAAACUAAUUUCUCUUCAUUUUAAGAUAAGAUUAAAAAAACCCAGAAAUAAAAUGUGAAUGAUUGUCAAA